AUGACGUCACCUACUCGCUGCUUUGUCAUCUCCCUCCUCCCUCUGUCGCCUUGCCGUCACUCCCCAAACGCCCUCCUUCAUCCCUCCUUUCAGUGGAUUGAGGCUGCGGACGCCGCCGUUAAGGCGGCUAAGGUGAAGGCGGAACAGGUACAUGGGAGGUUGGAUCAUAGUGAUAAAAACAACACGACGAUUGACCAAGGAGUUAAGCAAAUUAAUGAGGCUAAAGGAAAAGUUAGUCAAGUUGAUGGUCAGUUGAAAAGUAUUCACACCGAUUUAGGUAACUGGAAAAAUGCGGCAAGCGGUGUGCUUGGCACAGCGGUUAUGAAGGCUGGAGAGGUUCACAAAGCGUUGGAUCCUAAUACUGGGACAGCGCAGUUGAAGCAACAAAUUGACAAGAUUCACACUUCCAACGAAGCGAUUAAAGAAGCAAAUGAGGACCUUAAAUCACAAGUCGACAGCCUUAGUAAUUGGAUCUCCACCGCGGAGGAGAUCCGCCACAGUGCCGCUGAGAAGGCCACGGAGGCCUACGACAAGUUGCAGGUGCACGAGAAGCUCAGCCGGAAUGUUAAGAAGAUUGUGGAAGCUAAUAAGGCAAUUAAAGAUCUUCAUGAGAAGCUGAGUGAUGUUGACAGCCAAUUGACCAACUGGAAUCAGCAGGCCAGUAAAGUGCUUGCCGGGGCGAUUGACAAGGCGACGGAUGUAUAUGAGAAUCUCUAUCCCGAGAAAAACGGCGGCGGUACAAAUGGUCACGUUGGCAAGAAACUCGGUGACAUUGAAGAUAAUAAUGCUGCAAUUAAGCAGGCGAAUGAACAACUUAAAGAACAUGUCACCAGUCUGGAGCAUUGGAAGACUGCGGCUGAGAAAAUCGUCCAAGCUGGGCAAAAGAAGUGUGAGGAGAUACUUAAGAAAGUUGAUAAAACAUCUAAUGGAAACAAGAAUGUUGACAUUCACAAGCAAGCUGACGCAUUGCGGAAAAAAGCGGAGAGCCUUUUGGAUGCUUACAAGGAGGCGUAUCAGAAAUUCACGCUGUUGCCUGGUCAAGUUCAAGCAGCCGUUGAAGAUUUGGAAAAAGGCAUGAAAGAUGAUUUGCAGACUAUCAGAGAUAGGAUUGUGAGCAAGAUGAAAGAUCAUGUCGGCAGUAUGCUUGGUGAAAUUAAGCAGAAAGUGGAGAAGAUUAAGGGGAAAACAGGAAGCAUAGCGAACAGUGGUCAAUGGGAAAAUAAUACUCCGGGCUCCGGCCUUGCAGGCAUUUCAACGAAGGUGCAGCAUUAUUUCAAUGCGUUCAGUGAGGAGUGGCCGUUUGGCCAAAUAGUCGGCGGUUGGAUCGAUGACAUUCUGCAGCACAACGGUGUGGUCAAAAAGCUGCUUGGCUGGCAGAGUAGGCAGGCGCAGACACUUGAGGAGGAGCUGAAAAACAGUGGUCUCGGAGGUUCAAUUAAGGAACCGCUAAAAGAACAAAUUAAGGCAGCGGUUGAAGUUUUCAAGAGUAGACAAUCCGCUGCCGUCGGCAUUAAAGGCAAAAUAUCACAGGUCAAAGAAGCCUGCAAACUGUUUGCCAAGCGGCUUGAUGAGAAGCUGAAGGAGGAAUUUCAAAGUGGUGUCCUUGCGAUGGUUAGCGAGGCUAAGGAGGCGAUGAAGAAAGUUGACGAUAAGGAACCGAGCAAACAAAGUCACUUAAAAGGUAUCAUACAAAAGGCAAAAUGCACAUGCUCGUAUGGAAACUGCAGCAGCGGUAAUUGCCUAGAGUGCACAGACCCAAAAUGCAUCCUUACGCAGGCCGUCGCCACCACACUGCUUGCCGUGUCCUCGGUGGGCCGGCAGGUGGGCAAGGAGCUUCACUCAGUGUUCCUCAGUCCCGAAAAUGGAAACAUCGCAUCCUUCCUGGACGCUGCGAAGGCGGCAACUGACAAGCUGGACGGUGAUCUUAAAAACGCAGCAGACACAGCGCUUGGCACAGGAAGCGCAUCUCCCAGCCAAGGCCAAGGCCCCAAUAACAUUCUGCAGAGCGUUCAGGGGAUUGAAAGGAAGGUUAAAGAGGGGAUGAAGGAUAAUAGUCGUGAUGGCAACAUAAACGUUAAUGAAGUCAUGACAUCGUAUAAAGAGAAGAAAGAUAAAGCAGCAACUAAUUCAGAUGGCAAAUACCAAAUGCUUCUUGCAGACAUCCCCCAGGCGAUGCAGCCUUUCACAACGGAGGCUAAACUCAAGGACCCAAAAGGCGUCGCAGCACAAAAAGGAGAAGUCCAAGAACAUCUCUCCACAAUCGAAAAGGAACUCCAAGAAAUCGCCGAGCGUGUUGACAGCAGCAAGAAAAAGACGCUGCCCCAGCCCACGGACCAAGAUGGUAUCAAGCAGCGGUUGGAGGAUUUGACGCAGAUGCUUAAGGAGCAAGAAAGUGUUGAUCUUAAAGACAAAGGUUUAAUUGUGGAAAGUGUCAAAGGCCUUGAUGCAAUCAGGCAAGCGAUUAACAAUCUGCAAUCAAAUCCGUUCACUAAACAACCCAAAGCAAUCGGAGAGGCCGUCGACCAAAUUAAGCAGCAGCUUGGACAGCUCAGGAAGCAGUUGAAGAAAGAUAAAGAUGACUGA